GCCUUUUAUAAAGCGACAGGAAGCGCCUCCACUUUACCUAGUGAUUUGCCAGUGUUUAGAAAAAAGUAGUAAGGCCGAAGUUAAAUCGAAGGAUUUGAUCGAAGACAUCCGCAACAGUUUCUGCCAGUUUAGUGUAAAAUCUAUGUGUGACCAACCUCGAAUGUGGUUUGAUAAGAAGAACCAAGUGAAAAACAUGAUUUCGUUCAUGCACUAAAUGUGGCAGUAUAGCCUGCUAACGUUAAAGAAAACGUAAAGACACGUGGGAGCCUGUGCUGUGUGGUUGACCACUGGAAUGUCUUGUUGACUGAACUCUUGUCUCAUUGGAUAUCAGACCAUGGCACAGGGCAGUGGGGUCCAGUAUGAGCCAGUGGCAGAGAUUGGAGGGGGUGCGUACGGAACGGUGUACAAGGCUCGGGACCUGGAGAGUGGCCAGUUUGUUGCUCUGAAGAGCGUUCGCGUCCAGACGGACCAAGAUGGCCUCCCCAUCUCCACGGUCCGAGAAGUGGCCUUGCUGAAGCGACUGGAGCAGUUUGACCAUCCCAACGUGGUCAAGCUCAUGGACGUGUGUGCCACUCUGAGGACGGAUCAGGAGACUAAAGUCACCCUGGUGUUUGAGCACGUGGACCAGGACCUGAAGACCUACCUAGAGAAGGCCCCCGCCCCAGGACUGCCCUCCAACCGCAUCAGAGACCUGAUGCGUCAGUUGCUGUGCGGCCUGUCAUUCCUCCACUCGAACCGUGUGGUGCACCGGGACCUGAAGCCAGAGAACAUCCUGGUCACCAGCCGUGGUCAGGUGAAGCUGGCCGACUUUGGACUGGCCAGGAUCUACAGCUGCCACAUGGCCCUCACCCCUGUGGUGGUGACUCUGUGGUACAGGCCUCCUGAGGUCCUGCUCCAGUCCACCUACGCCACGCCUGUGGACAUCUGGAGCACGGGCUGCAUCUUCGCUGAGAUGUUCCGACGCAAACCGUUGUUCUCUGGAGACUCUGAAAUGGACCAAUUGGGAAAGAUAUUCAAUGUGAUUGGCCUGCCACCCGAGGAGGAGUGGCCUGCCGAUGUCACCCUCUCACGACACAACUUCAGUCCUAUCAGCCCACGCCCAAUCACAGACUACGUUCCUGAGAUCAAUGAGCAGGGGGCAGAGCUGCUUUUGAAAAUGCUAACCUUUGACCCUCUAAGAAGAAUCUCUGCCCUAAACGCUCAAGAACAUCCUUACUUCCAGGAGGAUGAGGAGGAAGUGACAAAUGGUUGAAAUGCAGUGAAUGACAUCGAAGGAUGGGACCGUGAGGAAUGGUAACCCUGACUCCAUUUAGGUGUAUAUUGUCAUUCAGUGCAUUUCAGGCCAGAUCCCUGUUGUGGUUCUUUUAUUUUAAAUGUUUAAUGUUACUACAGAAGCCAGUUGCACCCCCUUGAGAAUGUAUAAGAGUGGAGAAGUGGGGUUUGAGGACCAAUACGGAUAUGAACCUGAAGAAGGAUCGACUCUCCUCUCAUUCCCCAAAUGAAUUCCCCAGCCUGGUCUCAUAGACUAGACGUAAAAUAGUAAAUGUAAAAACGACACACUCAAAUUUGUGUGAUAUAUUACGUUUGAUAUGGUUACAUAAGACCGAUGGUUACUUAAGGCAAAAAUGAAAAGGUUGAGAGUUCAAAUCUCAUCACGAACAACU